AUGCCCACGGUAGCCUCUCGUGCGCGUGAUCUCUGCAAGACCUACACCGCAACAGUCAACACAGAUCCGUCCGCAAUCCCAGCUUAUUUGGAAAACUGUUACAAGGAUCCGGUCAGACUCGGCUGUCUCAUUGAGCUCAAGCGCCCCGUUGACAUCCUCCGCUUCAAGAAGCUCGAGCGCAUUAUCAAAUUCAACCGAGCCGAGUACAACAUCAAGCUCGGGUACGCUUUCCGAAUCCAGUGCGACAUCACCGACGGCAUGCGCUGCCAAGGACGAUGCCCUUUUGCCCGUAGGAAACUCCAAGGUGGAUAG